AUGGGUAGUCCAGGGUUCUGUUCACAUCGCCCCACCGACGCAAUCGAUAACGAGCCCGCAAAAAAAUUUACCAGCACUUGGAAGAUGCAACUCGCUAUUACACCUUGCACGACAGCAUCUCGACACAUCAAUUCUGCCAUAAUGCCGGCCGCCACUUCGCCGGAGCCCGUCUCUCCCAAGGCAGACAAAAAGGCCAAAAAGUCUCACAAGUCGGACAAGAAGCGCUCCCGUGAAGCGGAUGCCGCCGCCGACCCCGAGGAGCGCAGGCAUAAAAAGUCAAAGAGCGUCUCUGCCGACAACAGCCAACAACACGACGAUGUAGCCGACAAGAAAGAGAAGAAGAAGAAGAAGAAGAAGAAGAAGACGAGCAAGCACGAUAGCGAAGGGGAGGUAGACAAGAGUGACAAGAAAAAGUCCCGAAAGAAGCACGCCGACGGUGAGGAAAAGGCGGAACGCAAGAAAAAAAAAUCCGAAAAGGCCAACGACGAUGCGGAGGCUAUAGACAUAGAUGGUGAGACGGCCCUGGCACAAUCACAGUUGGAAAGUGAAUCUGCCCAAGCAGCCGACGCCAUGGACAUUGACGAGCCUGUUGUCAACUCCAUAUCCGAUAUAUACCAGCCCCCCGACAUUCCCGCCAAGCCGCAAUUCCCCUUCUUCUCGCAGACAGUCUCGCUAUACGAACCCAUAUAUCCCAUUGGCUGGGCGCAGCCCGUCACCAACUGCGAAUUUCAUUACCUGCGCCACCUACAGAACAAGUAUGUGCCUUCGCUUCGCGGCGUCCUCAUGAACUACAAGAACGUUGCGCUCGGCGACGAGCCCAGCCGCGUAGGCGCCGCCAGUAGCGACGAGGAAGUGACGACGCUCAAGUCGCAGCGUGAAUACGGCGUGGGCUUUGGCUGGAUCACCGCCGACGUGGAUCUGUUUAUGCCUAGCCGUGGCGCUUGGAUGGAAGGUAGCGUCAACCUGCAGACCGAAGGUCACAUUGGCGUGGUGUGCUUUGGCAAAUUCAACGCCUCCAUCGAGGCCCGCCGACUGCCUCCGUCGUGGAAGUGGGUGUCCAACGAGGACCCCGAGGCUGAGGGCAUGGAGGAGACGGCGUCCAUUGUGGCGCCUGAUGAGCACGGCGUUGUGCAUCAAAUUCACAGCACUGGCUUUUGGGUUGACGCUAAUGGCGACAAAGUCAAGGGCAAGAUUCGCUUCCGAAUACGCAAUUUUGACGUUGGUGUGAGUGGUGAGACGACAUACCUGAGUCUCGAGGGCACUAUGCUUGACAAGGCUAGCGAGAAGGAGCUCGUGCAAAAAGAGGCACACGCCCUCAAGAUGCGCCGCGACACCAGAACGAACCGCCGCCUCGAGCGCCGCCGUGCUCCCGAGUUUAGCAUGACGCGAUUCUUCUCGGAAGAGGAGAAGCAGGCGCACGAGGAGCGAGAAGCAACGCGGGCCGCAGAGCGUGCCGCUGCCGCCGAGGCUGAGACUGCAGCAGCAGCCUCGUCCGAGGGAACGAAGAUUGUCUUUGAAGAGUAG